AUCAUCAAAGCACAAGACGAAAGAACAAAGCGCCAUUAAAGCCUUCUCGGAAUCCUCGACCUCCUCUCGCUAGCUGGACCUGAUCCGUUGCGUUUUCCGGUCGGCCAUGUUCCGUGCCCGCGCGACGCCCUCGCCGCCGCGUGAUCUUCACGGCUCGCUGCGGCGAAUCCCCUCCCCCCCGCCGCUCCGGAGGGACGAUGGUGAACAAGUUCCUCUACGACUUCCGGUUCCUCCUCCUCGCCGCGGCGGUGGCGUUCAUCUACAUCCAGAUGCGUCUUUUCACAACACAAUCGGAAUAUGCCGAUCGACUUGCUGCUGCUGUUGAAGCCGAGACUCGUUGUACAAGUCAAAUGCGAAAACUAAUUGAUCAGAUAAGCAUGCAAGAAAGCCGUAUUGUGGAGCUAGAAGUCAAAGGCCUUCAAAGAUGUACGGACAAAAUACAAACCCAAGUGGCAGCAGUGGUGAUCGUGGCAUGCAACCGCGCUGAUUAUCUUGAGAGGACCAUUAAGUCUAUCUUGAAUUAUCAGAAUGCUGUUGCUUCAAAGUACCCACUUUAUGUAUCCCAGGAUGGGUCUGAUCCACAAGUUAGAAAGAAGGCCUCGAGUUAUGAUCAGUUAACCUACAUGCAGCAUUUGGAUUCUAAGCCGGUGCAAAACCGAAAGGCCUGGGGAGUUUUGAUUGCAUACUCUACAGAAAUUGCACCCGAUAUCGAUUUCUUCUGCUAUUGCUUUGAUAGGUUUUUGUGCCAAUCUCAUGCGCGUUCAUAUCAGGGCAUGACGAAUGGGGCAUUGGAUGAACUAUUCCACAAACAUAACCUCGAUCGACUGCUCAUCCUUCUCGCCUCCGUGGCCACGGCCACCGCCGCCGGCGCCGGCGUUCACGCCGGCACAGCGUCGUACUACAGCUCUCCGUAUCUACCGACGGUGUGCAACGGAGACGAUCCAUCCCAGCUUCCUUCGAACGGCAUGUUCGCGGCGGCGGGCGACGAGCUCUGGGAUAACGGCGCCGCCUGUGGUCGGGAAUAUACGGUGCGCUGCGUCAGCUUGUCGCGGUCCAUCCCUGGAAACUGCACGGACGAUGAUCCGAUCAGGGUCAAGAUCAUCGACUGGGCACGCUCGUCGAAAUCCGCAGCGGCGGCGUCGGCGUCCAAGCAGGCCGGCGAGGAGGGCGGCGCAUUGGUCCUGUCCGAGAGAGCGUUUAAAUCGAUCGCUAAGCCGUUCGCGGAUUCGAUCGGUGUCGAAUAUCAAGCGUAA